CAUCCAAGUUGACCCCCCGCGAGUACUGAGCCAAGACUCGAAAUGAAUGCACUUACCGCCAGCCUCGUCCUCACGGCCCUGGUGACUGCCGUCUUUGCCGGCUGCGGUCCGUCGUGUCCAGAAGGUUAUCUCAACUGGGAACACGACUGUUACAAACUCUACGAUGAAGCCAAGAACUGGGCUGCUGCCGAGCAACGUUGUGUCGCCGAUGGGGCGCACUUGACGUCAGUGCACUCAGCCGAAGAAGACGACUUCCUCAACCAACUGUCCCAGCAAGGCACGGCCGGCAACAAGCACACCUGGAUCGGCCUGAACGACCACCAGGCGGAGGGCAGUUAUGUCUGGACAGACGGCUCUCCGACGGACUACCUCAACUGGCACAAGGGCGAGCCCAACAACCACGGCAAGGGAGAGCACUGCAUGGAGAUUAACUUCUUCGAACUGGACGGCACUUGGAACGACCAUUUCUGUGAUCGAGAGCACCGAUUCAUCUGCAAGAUGCCACCAAUAUAUGACUAGUUGGCUUCAAAGAAUAAUCAGACAUCGCCUAUAUCCUAUAAAAUAGUCUUUGUCACUGUGCCACGUUUCAUUCCAAUAUUAAUGGAAGAGUCACGACAUUUAUUUCAACAGAUUAACCAGAGAAAACAGACUUUCAAGUGAUUAAAACCAUAUUUAAUUUGAAAACCAGAGGUAUACAUAUCGGUCCUGUAAUGUCUUUCAUAUACCCUCUCAAGAAGUGUGACUUAUCAAUGCUGUGAGGGUUGGUUAAACUAUUCUUAACCACCACACCUGUUUGGCUUAGUCCUCCUACCAUGCGGCAUGUUGAUUAAUCAUGAUGCAACAGUAUUAUAUUCUUA